CCAUUACUCAUAAUAGCUAAAAAAAAUUCGAUUUCCGAAAUAGUCCAUUUCUUGAUUUUUUUUUUUUUUUAGCCUAACUUAUGGAUGCCACGUGGACACCAGUGUCCAGUAGUGAAACAGCCAGCGCCCAGCCAGCUCAACUUUCGCUUUCCCUGCUCCCAUUUCCCCUUUCCUUUUCUCCACCAAAUCCUCCACUCUACUCACCCUCUUCCGACGCCAUCUUCGCCUCCGCCGUUUCCCAGUUCCUCAAUCACCGCCGCUGCUUCCUCAUUCAUUCACCCCCCCACAUAUUCGCCAAAGCUAAUCGGACCUCCCAUCGCGCCGCCGUUCCAAACUCCAUUGCCGCGCAAUGGGUGGCUGCACUUCAAAGCCUCCCAAGUCUAACCCUUACGCCCCCAAGAACGACCGCCAAUUCCAAGCUCCAGAUGACCAAUUCCAACCUCCGUCAGCUCCAUCUCCGCUUCCGAAUGCGUCUCCCUUCUUCCCGACCCACACACCCAGCCCUUCCCGCCCCGUAUCGACGCCGACGCCGAUGCGGAUCUUCAAGAAGAUGCCCUUCCCGCCGCCUUCCCCGGCCAAGCACAUCCGCGCCGUUCUCCGGCGGCGGAAGGACAAGAAGAAGGUCAAGGCAGACGGCGGCGGCGGCGACGGAGGGGAAGGUAACGAGGAGGAUGAGGUGGAAGGGGCGGAGCUGGACAAGCGAUUUGGGUUCUCGAAAGAGCUCGCGAACAGGUUGGAGGUUGGGGAAGAAGUGGGGCGGGGGCAUUUUGGGUAUACUUGUUCGGCUAAGAUCAGGAAGGGCGAUCGGAAAGGGCAGCAGGUCGCCGUGAAAGUCAUUCCCAAAUCCAAGAUGACUACAUCUAUUGCAGUUGAAGAUGUGAGGAGGGAGGUGAAAAUAUUGAAGGCAUUGGCAGGACAUAGCAACUUAGUACAGUUCUAUGAUGCGUUUGAAGACUCUGAUAAUGUCUACAUAGUAAUGGAGUUGUGCGUAGGAGGUGAGCUCUUGGAUAGAAUACUUGCAAGAGGGGGAAAAUACCCAGAAGAUGAUGCCAAGGCAGUAAUGGUGCAGAUAUUGAAUGUUGUAUCUUUCUGUCAUCUACAAGGUGUGGUGCACCGUGAUCUUAAACCAGAGAACUUCCUGUAUACUUCAAAGGAAGAGACAUCUGAGCUGAAAGUGAUCGAUUUUGGCUUAUCAGAUUAUGUCAGACCAGAUGAAAGGCUCAAUGACAUUGUAGGAAGUGCCUACUAUGUUGCACCAGAGGUUCUACAUAGGUCUUAUAGCACUGAGGCUGAUGUAUGGAGUAUAGGUGUAAUCGCUUAUAUUCUACUGUGUGGAAGUCGUCCAUUUUGGGCCCGAACGGAGUCUGGAAUAUUUCGAUCGGUCCUGAAAGCUGACCCAAAUUUUGAUGAAGCAUCUUGGGCCUCCAUAUCUCCGGAAGCAAAAGACUUCGUCAAGCGCCUAUUGAACAAAGAUCCUAGGAGGAGAAUGACUGCCACCCAAGCAUUAAGUCAUCCUUGGCUCAGAAAUUAUAAUGAUGUGAAAUUACUCCUUGAUAUCUCAGUACUGAAACUAAUGAGGGCUUAUGUUCGAUCAUCUUCUUUGCGUAAGGCUGCUUUAAGGGUGUGUAUACAUAUGGUCCUGCACAUGCACCUUCCUAGUCCUAGCAAGUGAAAAACUUACAUCAAAAGACUGAAUAAAUCCGCUGGAGGAUAUCUGAAGUAUAUAUGAGGAUGGAUUUUCCAGUUAUGCUUGUUUGUCCUUUGAUCAACCUCCUAUGUUCUUGCUUUGGCGCGAUUUUGCAGGCAUUGGCCAAGACAUUGACUGCAGAUGAAGUCUUUUAUCUGAAGGAGCAAUUCACAAUAUUUCAGCCAAACAAAAAUGGCAGCAUAACAUUGGAGAACAUUAGGAUGGCAUUGAUGAAAAAUGCAACUGAUGCAAUGAAAGAUUCUCGCAUGCCUGAUAUCCUAGCCUCGCUAAAUACACUUCAACACAGAAAGAUGGAGUUUGAAGAGUUUUGUGCAGCCGCAUUAAGUGUUCACCAAUUGGAGGCACUUGAUAGAUGGGAACAGCAUGCUCGAUCUGCAUAUGAAAUAUUUGACCAAGAUGGAAACAGGGCUAUUGUUAUUCAGGAACUUGCCUCAGAGCUUGGCCUUGGACCAUCCAUCCCAGUUCAUGCAGUUCUAAACGAUUGGAUAAGACAUGGCGAUGGUAAACUUAGCUUCCACGGGUUCAUCAAGCUGUUGCAUGGCAUGUCUAGCCGAGCCAUGAUGAAGGCGUCAUGAAAACACCUCUUCUUCCUGGCUACACAUUCGAAUGGCUGGUCAGAAAGAAGCUAGCUUUCUACCCCAAAAAAAAAAAAAAAAAAAGAAGCUAGCUUGGUUUCCAUAUCAUAAGGGGAGGAUUUGUGCUGGGAAUUGAUGAACCAGCUGGGCGACCACCACCAUGGCCGCCUGGGCGUGCAUUGAUUUCGUAUUGCCAGAGAUCAUCUCAUCACUAUGCAGCAGCUUCUUCCAGCAAAAUUGUAGUUGGAAGAUAUCGAUGAGCUCUUCCCCUAACAGAAAGAGAAGCUUGACGAAAAAGAAAACUGGCAUGGUGAGGAUUACAUGCUGGUACUGAGUUUGGGGUAGAUGAUGAUAUGGAAGACCAUUGUUGAGCGCCAUGCAAUUAGUCUGGGACGAGAUCAUUAACGCAAACAACUAACAACAGGGGCAAGCUGAUCAUCAUCGUCAUCAUACAACCCACAUCCAUAUGGUACUACUACUAGUAUUCGUAUAUCCCAUUGUUUUGCUCAUGUACCCAACUAUAGCUAAUUUAGGCUCUGCUGUUCUCAAUUCUUGAUCAGGCCUCUAAACGCAUCCAUUUUAUAAUUUAGCUGCUGUUAUCAAUUACCAUGUUUCCAAGCACAGGAUGUAUGCCAGUUGCAGAGAAGCUUCUUUGAUCAUGCCAAGAACAAGUUGUUUGCAAUGACUCUUAAGUGAUUAGGAAGAUCCAAGAUUGAAUCUGGUAUCACAUCCUAUUUUACAAUCCUGAAUUGUCUGAUUUGCCUAGUGAAGAAACGACGAACAUCUUUUACUGAAGCAGAGUGUUGAACUGAAUGAGCUAGGUAGGCGAGCUAGUGGCCCGGUCCUCUCCCAUGAGGACCUUGUCUUGAAAUACUUCUGUUGGUAACGAUUUUCGAUUGUUCCAACACUUGAGCCUUCCUCCGCGGGUUCUGUUCCCAGUAGAAUUCGCAGGACCUGCAAGUACAGAAGUCAUAUCAGAACUUGCAGUUGCAUGCAUGGGGCAAAGUACAGAAGGUAUUCAGGUUUUUGGGUUAACUUACCUGGUUUUGGUCGAUGUCGAUCAGCCAUGAUCGAAGCUGGUUCGGACGAAAAGGCGAUUAGCAGGACGAAGCUGAUCAUCAUCAUGAUGCAUCCAGCCACCAUUGAUAAUCUUCUGCUAUGAACACCCAUUAUGUACUAAUCUACCUCGCUUAAU